AUGGCGGCGUCGCGUGGGAAGUCAACCUACUUGACGCCAUUUUUUUAAGGUUACUAAGUGGUGUGUUAUAUCGACGCCGAAAGUAAGAAGAAGACUUACUUAUGAGAUUUAGAAUAAAUAAAAGGACAUGGCAAUAAAAUAGGAUGAACAAUUAUGUUUUCACUACAGCAGUUGAGAAAGCAGAGCCUAAACAGACUUUUAGCGACUGUUAUAAAAAAAUUGAACGGAUCUUUCGAAUUGAGACAGCUUAGAGCGCCAUCUAUUAGUACCUGAAACGGCCACUGCGACAGCGACUACGAACAAGUGCCUACAGUUGGUCGUCUGUGGUCGAACGGGCGAAAGCAGUAUGUUCAGUUGAAGAGAUACUGUUGUUACUAGAUCUGAAUUCGCUAAAGCCAGUCCGCCAAGAUUGUUCCACAUUUCCGAAAAGCUAGAAGCAAGAGAGUAACCGUACGAGAGUGAUUGAUGUACAAACCUUGACAGGUUAAAAUCAGAAGCUGGGGCUUGGACACCUCUUGGAUUAGCACCAUUCAGAUGACAAAGCAGGAACAGAUGAUUUAGCUUCUUGAUAAAAAAUCGCCAGAUCAACGACCUCCGUAGGCGUAACCAAAGAUCACGGAUUCGUGUUGAGGAAGUACCACCGAUUAGUCGGAUGGACAGUAUAGUCGGGUAGCAAACCCAAGAGACAUGUGAGCAAGUCAGGUGUCAACUGGACUUCUUCCUGAGUGACUGGGCUAGAUGGUGUGAAGUAGACAAAAUUAAUCAAACAGAAAGAUAUUGGCAAUUACCAGCGAGUUAAAUCUGAUCAAAAUCAUUAG